UAUCACUCUAAUUUGUUUGUUUACAAAUUUUACCGCGAAUUUCGUCACUUAACUUCGCGCAAAUAUUGCCAAUGAAAUACACUUUAGAGGGCAGCAAUGCAAGGGUCAUUGCCAAAGCCGUACAAUCGCUGUCCAAGGUGGGCAAGGAAAUGUUCAUCGAGAUUGAUCAGCAGUCCUUGCAAAUGAGGGCUAUAAACGCCACUCAGUCGGCGGUGGGCAGCAUCUCCUUUAAAAGGUCCAUGUUUGAGGUCUUCGAACCGCCGAUCUCGGAUUUCUACUGCAAGAUAUCUAUGAAGGGAUGUUUGGCAGUAUUCCGCAACAUGAACGAGGUGGAGUACUGCGAACUCAAUAUACUGGACAAUCAGACCAACCUACAGGUGAACCUCCGCUGCAAGCUGGAGACCACAAAGGAGGCGACCAUAUCCAUCAUAGAUGACCAAAAUAUCAACACAAACAUCAAUACUGAUCAGAUGCCAAAUAUUAUCCGCGGUGAUCACAAACUGUUUACGGACAUCUCGAACAAUUUCAACUCCUCGGAGGAGGAACUAACCUGGGAGGCUAAUUCCGGCAGUGUGGUGGCCAAAAACUACAUAGAAGGGGCCCGAGUGAAUGAUAAAUUCAUGCGGACGCAACUCAAGCUCAAGCCCAGUGAAUUCGAUCAGUACCAGGUGACCAAGGAGACGAUCAUUACGUUUUGCAUCAAGGAAUUCCGAGCAUUUCUGCUUUUUGCCGAGUGCCUAAACGCUUCGCUGACCCUGGAGUUCGACGAGGCGGGAAUGCCUUUUCUGCUGAAGAUCAAGAAGCAUGGCGAGAUUGAGUGCCUGCUGAUCAUGUCGACACUAUCGCCCGAUGAUGUCAGCUUUUCGGAGGAUUACUGUCAAAGGGAUUUGACUGUGCAGGAUUCCGAUGUGCAAGAAACGGCAUCGAAGCGAAAGAGCAGUGCAAAUAAAAGCAGCAAACGCAAGAGCAGUUCUUCGGAAGCGGCUGCAGUGCAGCCGAAGCGGAGAUUGGAGGAGAGCCAGUUGGAAACGAGCCUCGAAUCGCCGCUGUUUCCGUUCCGCCACUCGGAGGCGCCUUCCGUUCAACAGCCUCGCAACCUAGCCGAGGUGGACACGGUGGUUUUGAUCGAAGACGAGGCGGAACAGGAGGCCCUUAUGCUGGCAGCUGCAGAUGCCGCCUUGGAGGCCAGCAUGGCACCUGCUCCGCCGCCUGCCAACAGCACGGAGCUUUGCUUCAUCAACACGGACAAUUCGAGGGAGGGUAAACCGCCGGAAUCGUCUUCAGAUGAGGGUGAAACCAUUCCACAGUCACCGGAACGGCCGAACAAGAUGCGAACCAUCUUCUCGAGGUGCUUUCAGAGCACCUACGUUCCGCGGGAGCCGUCGCCAAAUACCCAGAUAUAUGCGCCCAAUUCCGACACAGAGGAUUAGCCUAGAUUUGAUCGUUUAUAAGCAAAUACAAUGUAGGUCGUCUAACUCA